UUUAAGGCCUCUCUAUAUAAAAUACAGUUUUGUGUUUCUCAUCUCUUCUCUAUUAUCACAAAGAUCUUGAAACUUCUUCUGACAACACAAACGCUUCUCUCCCUUAGGGUUACCGUUAAGAGAGAGAGAGAGAGAGUUGUCCCGACUAAGCAGCCAUGAAUCCGUCACGUGAAUGCGCAGGCUGCGGGGAACAAGAAGAAGCCUUGAUAACCUUCCCCGUCAGCACACUCCGGCGACUCUGCACCGACUGUUUACUAAAGGAGCAUCGUAACCUCUUCUGCCCAAUUUGUCUCCAAGUCUACCUCACCCCUCCUCCUCCACAAGAGACCCUCGCCUGCCUCAAUUGCCCUUCCAUCGCCCACCUCCGUUGCCCUUCCUCCGCCGCGGCCGAUUCUCCCUUCACUUGCCCGCCCUGCUCCGACCCCAAUUUCUCCUUCUUCCCCAAAUCUCACCUUCUUGACCAAGAAUCAUCAGCAGCCGACGCUCUCGUCGCGGCGGCUAGUAUCUCAGCGGUUCUGAUGAAUAACGCGGCGGCUGGGUUGAAGAAGGAAGCUGAGGAGAAGAUCUUGGCAGCUAAAGAGGCCAAGAAGAGAGCUAAGGAAGCGUUGGGGAAUCUUCAGGACCUUGUUGUCAAGCAAAAAGCUUUGGAGAAGAAGAAGAAUAGUAACAACCCUAACCCUAACAAGAGGAAGAACAGUGACCGUUAGUUGAUUCUCACAAAUUCUCUCACCAAAAUCCUCUGCAUUUAUCUGUGGUACGUAGGGGUUUUUUUAAAAAAGACUACUUCUUUUGCUAUUAUCAGCUAAAAAUCAUUUGGCUUCUUCAGUUUUUUUUAGUUCACAGUGAAAGCUGGAGACUUUGAGUUUAGGGGUUUAGAUUUACUUCUUUCUUUUUGUAUAAUGGUGUGUCAGAUGCAGUGACAAUUUCAAACCCUAUUAAAAUUUGUCAUUGUUGUAUUGUUUACUGGUUUUGAUGAUGAUGUUCAUGGAAGAAGAUUUUUGUUCAUGUA